AUGAGAAGCUCUAUCGGAGAGAACGAAGUCUAUGAGCCUCCAGUUAUGUACACUGAAUCUUGGUUCAGAGUUGGACUGAGCCAUGAAAUUCGUGAGACUCUUUUUUUUGAGCAAAGCGCUCUGAAGGGAGUCAGCCUGCGGUCUGAGACUUACAGCCAGGACGGAACAGAUAAGGCUGGUCUGCCUUUUAUGAUCUCGCAGCUGUCAUACGAUGUUGAACUGGUCCAGCCACGAGGGUCCAACAAGCAUUCUGUGGCCCAGAUGAACACACGAGAGAAACUUUCCAUCGAGAAUGAAAGAAACAUGCAAGACCCACGAACCACGCAUGGAAUCAUUCUUAAAACCAAUUCAUACGACGACGUGGAAGAGAGCCUGCAAAUUGUUUGUCCUCGUACCGAGCAGGCUGCAUUCGAUGACUACGCCCGCGAAGUCACAGAACAAUACAACUUUCGCAAACCGCUGGCGUGGAAGCAGCAAGAGCAUGAGAUCCUCAGCUUAUCGUUCGCUGGGAUUCUGAGCGUUGACGCAGCUCGCGAAUACGACUUUGACGGGCUACCCAAGAGGAAGUGUGCGACGACAUGGAAGGCUAUAUGCAGUGAAAACAGAGCCUUUUACGAAGACUCUUUUCUCCUGAACAGGCUCGCCGAGGCAUUUUUGAUUUUGGAUCACACAUAUGCUCUUGCCUUCACACCCAAGAUUUUGGACAAAAUCGAACUGGGUCUACGCAGUUAUAAAGUUUCAGGUUCAGUUGAUGUUUUGAAGACAGGCAAGUAUGUCAAGUUGAAAGACAGAGAUGGGUGGUGGUGUUGCGAUGUCAGUCGCUGUGGGUGA